CAAUGAGCGGGCUGCUCCUGCCGCCCUCCCGCCCUCUCCCUCCCGCUGUCCUCCUCUCUCGCAUCCUUGCCCCCGGGGAAGAGGGGAACGAGCGGCUUCGGGGAGGUGGCUGUCUCCGGCGCCCAGCGACCAUCUGCCCACAGGAACGAGCCAGCUACCGACCAUGACGGACACCGUGCCAGGACAAUUUGCUGCCUUGCUGGAGGACCUGUCGUCCAAUAUCACUUUGGAGGACCUGGCCCAGCUGAAGCUGGCCUGCAAGGAGGACAUCCCGAGCGAUAAGAACGAGGAGCUGACCUGCUGUAAGGAAUGGUUCAGCUUCCUCGAGAAACACGACAAACUCUCCAAAGACAACCUCUCAUACAUCGAACACAUUUUCGAGAUGUCCCGGCGACCCGACCUCCUGACCAUGGUGAUUGACUACAGGACCAAGGUUUUAAACAUCUCCGAGGAUGAGGAGGUGGACUCCAAGUUUACCCGCAUCCCCAGUGCCAUCAAGUACAAAGACAUCCUUCGGCAGCCAUCUGAGGACGAGAUCAUCAAACUGAAACUGCCCCCCAAGAAGGCCUGAGCCGUGGCCAGUGAAGGCCCUGGAGCAAGCAAAUGGGGGAGAGAGCGAGAGCAAGAGAGAAUGUGCGUGUGGGGAGGGGGGGGAGAAAGAACCUGCAUUCAGAAAUAGUGUUUGUAACAAGAAAAAAAAACUAACCCACCAGUAACAUUAACCUGUAACUUUGCAAAAAAAAAACUCCCUACCCCACCCACCACCAUACAUCAUGAUCUGUUGUGUUGUGUUACCGGGAUCUUCCUGUGCACCUGAAGCCUGCCCCCUUGGUGGAGGCAAAGAAGAGGCUACAACAGCCUUGGCCCCCACCCACCCCUAUCUAUCUAGCCUUCAACUCUAUGCAAAUUCUGAGAUAUUGGGUGGGAUGCAACACCAUCCCUCCCUCUCUACCCCCCCCCCCCACCCACCCAGCCCGGCCGACUGGAGUCAGGGUGUGACACCCACAAAGCCUGACGCCAAGUGGGGACUGAGGCUUUGGUCCGGGCAGGCCUUAAUUCUUUUGGAGGUGUCCCUCAGGACAGGAUGGGGGGUGGGGACAGAAACAGAUGGCAAGGUAAGCAGAGGCCAGCCGGUUGGGGGGAGGGUAGGGAAUAAUAAAAAUGGCCACCAGUUGGCAGGAGGAGUGAGAAAUGGCAAAGCCUCUGAGUUGAGAGAAGAGGGGAGGGGUACAGGGCCAGGAGAGGGAUUCCCAGCGGGAUGGGGCUGGCCUACAGCCAAUAGGCCUCAACCUCUGAAAAGUCUUAAUCACUAGGCCUCAGGCCUCGACCUGCACAACUUCCUGUUGGGUGGGGAGGAAAAGUGCCCCAGCUCCAGCCCUGGCCCCCAGGCCCAGGCUGUGGAGGGGCAGGCAGGGUCCCGGCGCCACAUUCCUGCUAACCUGCCGAUUAACAGCCAGUCCGUGUGCAAACCGCUGAAGCAUUACUGGAGUGUGUCAUUAAAUGCGUUGU